AUGGCAACCGCUUCACCAGCACCCCGGACCCCGGGUCGGACUCAGCCUUCCGCAGAAGUCCCUCCUGUCGUCACGGACACCAAAGACCAACGCCGAACAUCUUCUUUGGGUUUUCUUCGUCGCUCCAAGUCUAUUGAAAUUCUAGGCGAAAGACGCUCGUCCGGAAGCAAGAACGGAAAGAAGAUGCCGAAGGCUCAGACGGCGGAAGAAGAAGCUCGCCGCCAGCGCGAGUCAAUGAUGUAUCAACAACCCCCGCGUCUACCUGAUCUCUCGCCGGCUCCAGUUCUUGAGACCUUUGGUGGCGAUGAGCGCCGAGACACUGUUGCUGCACUUGCAAGCCAGCCCGACUCAUCUCAGCAGCAAGCUGUGCCCCGCAGUACGAUAAGCACGCCAGUUGCCCCGGAACCGAGCGACGCCUACGCACGAGCAGAGAGCAUGACACACCGUGGACGCUAUAGCUACGCAAGCAGUGCUGUUAGUACCGUCAACAAUCCGCGUCGGCUGCGUCGGCGCAAGGAUCCCACCCCGUACAAUGUCCUUGUUGUCGGCGCAAGUAACUCGGGCAAGACCUCAUUUCUCAAUUUCCUCAAGAAGUCCUUGGAAUUGCCGCCGCAUAAGCACCCCUCCCGUUUGCCAGAGGAAAUCGCAUACCAAGCUCGCCAAUCCCCCGCCAAUGAGGGCUACGCUUCCCACUAUCUGGAGACAGAGAUCGACGGCGAACGAGUCGGUCUGACUCUCUGGGACUCUCAAGGCCUGGAGAAGAACAUCGUUGACAUCCAGCUACGAGGGGUGACUGGGUUCCUGGAAAGUAAGUUCGAGGAAACGCUAAGUGAGGAAAUGAAGGUUGUUCGGUCACCUGGAGCUCGCGACACCCAUAUCCAUUGCACCUUCUUGAUCCUGGAUCCAGUCCGCUUGGACCAGAAUAUAGCGGCUGCAGAGCGGGCUGCGCAGGGAACCCCCAGGGCAACCGAUACACCUGUCAUUGGUGUUCUCGACGAGCGUCUUGAUGUUCAGGUCCUGCGAACCAUAGUGGGCAAGACCACAGUUGUUCCGGUUAUCAGCAAGGCCGAUACGAUCACCACAGCCCACAUGGCGUACCUCAGGAAGGCUGUCUGGGAUAGCCUGAAGAAAGCCAAUAUUGACCCGCUGGAGAUCCUUUCUUUGGACGACCAGGAAGAGUACACAUCUUCUGAGAGCGAUGAUGAGGACGAGGAGGCGCAAGGUCAAGAUACCGAACAGGAUGCGGAGGCCAGCGCUGCGAACGAGGAAGGUGCAGAGGCCCGGUCUCCACGUUCGCCCUCCCAGCGCAGCCAGGACACGCGCAAGUCUUCCGGUUCCCAAGCCGUCGUUCAGCAUAUUCCUUUCACCAUCUUGUCUCCCGAUCCACAUUCACUUAGGGCUGGCGAUGAGCCUGUUGGGCGCAAGUUUGCCUGGGGAUUCGCUGACCCGUACAACGCCGAGCACUGUGAUUUCCUCAAACUGAAGGAGGCCGUAUUCAACGAAUGGCGCUCUGAUCUCCGCGAAGCGAGCCGUGUGGUCUGGUAUGAGAGGUGGAGAACCAGCCGCUUGAACCGUAAUGUUGCUGUGGCCAGCGCUGCACCCCAGAAGAAGCUGUAUGCGGGGAGAACUGGACCGGAUAGCGACGUAAAGAGGGGCGGUUUGACUCACGGUCUGGCCGGCAGGAAUGUGGAUUCUGGACCCCAAGCUUUCUCGGCCGUCAUUCGUGAGACCAGUGGAUAUCUGUCGCACAUUAAUAUCGCGCCCAGUGGGCCGGCGUUGCGCUCGCAAGGCUGCAGAGGACUAAUACUGUACAGUGCACUUACACAGAACAGUGUGGACGACCCAUGGUCGCGAGGCCGUUCCAAGUCCCCAAGCGGCCGUAUCCGCGAGCGUUCCAAGUCUCGCGAUUAUCGCGAUCCGUCCGCCGCUGAUCCCCGCAGUUAUUACACCUCUGACCUCAAUGAUGGAAAGCUCCGUGCUCGAUCACGCAGCAGAGGUGUAAGCCCUGGUGGCGCUCAUCGGACUAGCUCGCGCUAUGGCGCUGCUGGUCCCGAUUUCCAGUCUGAUGGACGGGAAGCCUAUUUGCGACCCGAACUCGGCCGCGAUCAUUAUUAUCAAUCUGAUUCGGGAGAAAGCAAAGGGGCAAGGCGUGACGCCGGGCCGCGCAAUUCACGCCAUCGUCUAUCUGUUCACUAUGAAAGUGAGUCUUCGCUCGACUCGCUGAGUUCGGACGAUGAUGAUGCGCUUGCAUACGGUGAUCUUCCCGGGAGCCGCGACAACAAAACAUACGGAAUCUCAGGUCUCAAGCGUUAUAUGCCUAAGCUUGGUUCUGCACGUCGCAAGGAUCCUGCUAUGAUGUCCGGGGCUCUUAAUAACGAUGCAGCCCACGGCAGCAGGCCGUCGCAUUCUCACACCCCUUCGAGAGAAGAAAUCAGAGGUAAUUUCGCCAGUCCCGAGCCUUCCCCCUACGGCGGCUAUCCUGCAUCAUCCACAGCUCAGGCCAACUGGGCACCGGUCCCAGAGUGUGAGCGACCGGGCUUCGUGCCGCCAACUUCUCAGGCGCAAGCUCCAUCCAUGCCCGGGGCAUUUCCGUAUCCUGCAACCACUGAGCCCUCUGUACCGGCUACAACUGCAGCCGUCAAUACUUCCUCCGUACGCUACGUGACUCCACAGGGCUUGCAGGAAACUUAUUCAUCGUUUAAUGGCCGUCCACUGUCGAUGCCUGGGGGCAACGCCUAUACUCAUGUGGCUUCGGCACAUCAGCGCACUGCUUCGACUGACGCGACUGUCAAGACACCCUACGCUGCCCCACCUCAGUACCAAUACGCGCACAUAGAUCCAAAUGUUAAAUAUGCUUCUAAAAGCGCAGCAGAUAGCGCAGCCAAGCCGGUCGCAUACUCGACAACACCCCAAUUCUCCACCAAAACCGGAGCUACUGCAGCCAAACAGCCACAGGUUGCCGAUGUCAAAUAUUCUGCUAACCCUCAAUUCUCUAAGGUGCCUACCACCAGCUCGGGCAAUAGAAUGGAGUACGUUGAAAUAGCGCCUCGGACCACCACGCGUCCUCACAGUCGCUCCGUAUCUUCCGUCAAUAACCUCGCGGUCGAGGGCCCCGACCCGACCAGCAGGCCUGUCAGUCCAAUGCUGGAACCAUACAAAGGCACGUAUCAGAGCAUAUCACCCAUGCCAUCACCGAUCGUCAUUGCCCCCAGGCUGGACGGCGACAUUUCCGAUAUGGAGCCUCUUGAGUAUGAUUCGGAUGAAGAACUCAGGGUACAUAGACGGAAGAAAUCCAAGGAUGAUCGGGAGCGUACGACAUUGACAGUCGAACGCCCAAAGCGGGAGAGCAGCCGAAAGAGGGAGAGUAGCCGCGUGCGGUACGAGCACCGUGCUUCUGGGGAACUUGAGAAUGUCGUGGUGAGAACCCCCAGUCGCAGCCAGAAACGCGUGUCAUUCUAUGAUGCGGGUCCGGAUGCCGCAGCGCUUCACGAUGCCCUGGAACGGCCACGGCAUCCCGAUAGAAAAGCCCUGAUCCGCAUACUGCCGCGCCUGAGCGCAGAUGAAAUCAUGGAACUCCGCGACGAGUUCAAAAGACAUAACAAACUGCAUGGGAAGGGAAUCAACAUCGCCAAGCUCAUUAAACUUAGGGUUGGAGUCGACGCCUUUGGCAAGGCAUGCCACGCCACCGCUCUUGGUCGCUGGGAAUCCGAAGGCUUCUGGGCGAACUGCUUUUACCAGUUGGGCAACUCUAGGCGUGAACUCCUCAUCGAAUGUCUGUUUGGUCGCACUAACCGAGAGAUCCGCGAGAUCAAGAAGGGUUUCUCAGAUUCACGAUAUAAAGACAGUCUGGAGAGGUGUAUGAAGGCCGAGUUAAAAGGAGACAAAUUCCGCACGGCGGUGCUCCUUGUCCUGGAAGAGAGCCGACAGAGCGAGCGUGACCCGAUUGAUAUGCGUCUGGUGGAUGAAGACGUGCAUAAUUUGUAUGCCGCACUAAUGACACAACAUGGGGGAGAAACGCCCAUGAUCUACAUCAUUGUGCGGCGCAGUGAUUCGCAUUUGCGAGAGGUCCUCCGUGCGUAUGAAAAGAGAUACGGCCACAAUUUUGCCAAAGCCAUGAUUAGCAAGUCCCGCAACCUGGUGGGAGAGACUCUUGCGCAUAUUCUCAAUGGAGCCAUCAACCGGCCGAUGCGCGAUGCUCAGCUCCUCCACCAAGCCCUCCGCGAGUCCCGCCCGGGGAAGGACCGGUCAGACCUACUGAUCUCGCGCCUGGUCCGGCUGCACUGGGAACCGCGGCACCUGGAGCGCGUGAAGGAUGACUUCAAGCAGCGAUACGGGCAGCGCCUGGAAUCGGCCAUCAAGGAAGAGGUGUUGACCAGCAGCGGUGAGAGCGACUGGGCGGAGUUUUGUAUCGAGUUGGCGCGCAGUUCGAAAGUCUUGGCUACUCGGGAUUACUAG